AGUAAACCUACGAGGAACACAGCCAAGAUGGUCAAAUUCUACUCCCAAUCCGAGACCUAUGCCUACCCCUUCCCCGCCGUAACCCUCGCCUACUUCCUGCGCUACCCAAAUCCUUACUCCACACACGUCAUCUCCACCGACACCAUCGCGCGCUCCUACGACCCGGAAACACAGCGCCUCACAACCGUGCGCCUGCACCUCAAGCGUUCCAAGUUACCGGCCGCGGUACUCAAGCUAGUCCCGCGGUCACUACUGGGCGCGUCUGCUUCAGGCGACACGCAGACUUUUAUCCUGGAGCGGAGCGUGGUAGACAUGAAGGAGGGCGUCAUGGACGCGGAGAGUCGAAACUUGGAAUGGACAGGCGUUUUGAGUGUCGUGGAACGACAGGUCUUCAAGCGGCCGGUGCCCAUGGUGCCGGAUGAGGAGAAGGUGUGGAAGGGCAUGGAGGGUGCAGCACGACGCCAUGGAUUCCUCAACUUUGGCUCUGGUGCAAAGGUAGAGGAUAGUGGGGAUACAACAGACGUCACUAGCUCUGUCACACUACACAGUCACAUUGGCGAGGCGUGGAAACGGAAGCGAGAGGCUGCCAGAGAAGACGCCGCGAAAGAGAGUAGCGCAGAAGAGGAGCCGCCCAAGAUGGGAUUCUUCCGCACUUGGGGCACCGCUGCUCUUCAACGAAACAUUGAGAAGAUUGGCCUCACCCGCGCACAACGAUCACAACCAAACGCUCGCGAGGGCAUGAAAGUCGUGCUCGAGCGCAUGCGCGAAGGCGGUCUAGUCGCAGUGCUGGAGGGCAUGCGUCAGGACCGUGAAACCAUACUUGCCGGGAACUCCUUCAAUAUAGGCAGACGAGGGGAUGACGAGUGAGCGGAACUCGACUCGGAAGGCAAUGUGCAAUGUGCGAUGUGACAUGUAUGAUGGUUUUUGGAUGGGAGGUAUUUAGCGACGGCGUUGGUAUUCGUACUUUCCUCAUUUUUCAUUCCUGGUCUCCCCGCUCCUGCAUGGCACGAGCAGUCAAGUCGAGUCAUGACUUUGCUUGCUUCACGGGACAAGUUCCUUGUAUCAUAUCAUGUUCAAUGGGUCAUUCACGGACUGGCUGGCGG